AAGAAUUUCAUAGCACAGACACCCGGAGUGCCAUAGAAGGUAAUUAUACAGACAGUGGCGUGUUUUUAUGCCAGGAAAAAUAAAAGUACUUGGUGUCUCGUGCAAUUUCAGAGCCUGAUUUCAAAAGGAUCAUAACAAGAAGAAAAUAAAAUGUAGCUUGGUAGACUGCUCCACGGGAUAUAUUUGUUAAUGGAAUGUUUCUUCAUCAUUGCAUCAGCAUGAGAAAAACAGGAUCAUCACUGAUUUGAAGCCUGAAAAAAUGAGCAGGCAUAUCUGUUGGAUUUGUAAGUUAUGCAGAGAUGAAUCUAAGAGGCUCCCUUCAAACCUUACUUUGGAUGAAGUUUUAAAAUGGGCCCAAUCUUUGGAAAGUCUGAUGGCUACAAAAUAUGGCCCAAUAGUGUACACAGCAUAUUUAAAAUUGGAGCACAGUGAUGAGAACAUUAAAUUCUGGAUGGCAUGUGAAACCUACAAGAAAAUUGCUUCACGGAGGGGCAGAAUUUCUAGGGCAAAAAAGCUUUACAAUAUCUACAUCCAACCACAGUCUCCUAGAGAGAUUAACAUCGACAGUACGACACGGGAAGCUAUCAUCAAAAGCAUUCAAGAACCCACUCAAACAAGCUUUGAAGAAGCUCAAAAGAUUGUAUAUAUGCAUAUGGAAAUGGAUUCUUAUCCCAGAUUUUUAAAGUCUGAAAUGUACCAACAACUACUGAAAACUGUUCAAUCCAAAAGCUCGUGAAUACUACCUAGAAGUUUAAACUGAAGAUGGCAUGCUGCAAUUGCUAAUGUAAUUUAGAAAAAGGCACAAAAUGAGAAUGAAGGUAGAAAGGAAACAGAAACCAAGCUGUAAGUUGAUCUCUAGUUACCAAAGGAAAUUCAUCCCAAACCUAAAGAGCUCCCAGAUGCUGUAACACAAUUUAUAUCACACUUACAGAGAGGAAUUAACAGAGAAGAAAAAAGAAAAAGUUUCCUUUAUCAUAUUAACACUAUAACAUUUUUUACUCUACUAGGCAACUAAUGAUCCUUUUCACUAAAGAAAUUUGGCAGUCAUAGCACAAAUAACUGGUUUUAAAACCAUUGCUUUGUGAAUUUUGUCACUAUGUAUUGUAGAGAUAUGAUCAGAAUAUCUUGAAUUAGUAUACAGGUGUAUUAGUCAUAAUAAGUUGAACUUUAACAUAAUCAGUAGAGAAAAUAUGAUAGAGGAAAUUUAGCUAUAAAAUUUUCCCAGUAGCAUGUUCAUGAUUGACCUUAGAAGGUCAUGUAUAUCUUCUACAUGUUAAAUCUUUGGGAUAAUUGUAAGCUUUUUACUAUAUGUGUAUCUUUUUUUCAUUUGUAUUUUACAUUCACAAUGUCAUUGGGCUAUAAAUUUGGUCUUUUAUUUGAGAUUAAUGUCUUCACAAUUUGAACUCAUCAUAGUAUUAGAAAUCAAUCAGUAGAAACAAAAACCUGUGUGCAUAUUUUUCAAAGACACCUUUUUGUAUCAUACAACGAACAUUUCAAAGGGCCUAAAGUUUGCAAAAGUGAGAAAAUAAAAUAAAGUAGUUUCAUUUGCUUGUUUGAUAUGACAAUACUGUCACUUUAAAACAUUAAAAGAAUUUAGACUCAAUCCUGAGAUCUGGAGUUCUAUAGGGUCAACAAAACAUACAUGGGAACAAAAUUUGAACCAUUACCUUUUGUACUUUAAAAAAUGUCAAGUGUUGCUUGACAUUUUCAUACAGUAAAAAAAUGACAUUGUGUUGCUGAUGGACAGGAAGCAUUGAAACUGACCCUCACCCUAGCCCAGAUUCACUUUGCAAUCCUCAUGUUUUGUCUUGGUUUUGAAAAGGACCUUAAAAUAGAUUUUACCCUUCUGGUGAAGCCAAGCUUCCACUAUUCCCAGGAACUCCUGCAUCCCCACAGUACCACGGUCUGACUGCUUGAGCUGUGUUCCAUUGAACCUAAAAGAAUAAAGGCUGCCAGCCUCCAUGGUUCACAAGGUCCCAGGCAUUUUAAUUACUGCUUUCUACAUGCAAAGGGGACAGCAUGAAUGACUGCACAGCCAACCACAGUCUAUUCACAUGCUGAGAAAUGCUAAGGCACCAACCAUCCGCCUUCAGCCCCAGAGAAGCCAGGCAAACAGUAGUGAAUAAGUGAAGAGUCACUGGCAAUAUAGUUGGGAAAUGAAUGCUUUAACUCCACACAUGGAAAGAAUACUAAAUGUAUAUAAGAGACUGAAGUUUCACCUUUGGGUUUCCCAAACUGACAAUUACAUGAAUUUAUUUAGACCUGUGUGCACUAUAGAAGGUAGAAAAGAAUGUCACAACACUUCAGUUUCCUUACAUUGCUUUUUAAAUUUUAUUUUACAUUUUAUUUAUUGUGGGGGAAAUAUAGAUACAUGCACACAACAUUUCACGUACAGAAGUAAGUCAAAGGACAACUUGUAGAGAGCAAUCAGUUCUCUCUUUCUACCUUGUGGGCAGGCCCAGGAAUGACUAUCAGGCCAUCAGGUUUAAUGGCAAGCACCUUUAGUCAUAAAGCCACUUCUUAGGACCAAGUUUCCCUUUCUAUGACCUCUCUUUACUUUCCAAGCACCCAGCCUCGCCUUCAACUCACUCUUAAACCAAGACAGACUUUGAAUUCAUAAACCUCCUGCCUCAGUCUUCAAAGCAAUUUGGAUCCAUAGGUUUGUUAUAUGUAACUUCUUGCAUGUUGAAGUAUGUUCCCUCAAAUCCUGUUUUCUCUAAUAUUUAUCAUGAAGGUAUGCAAUUUAAUUGCUCAGCCAGGUUUAUUGCUGGUCUGUUUACAAUGUAAAUACCCUUCAACAGAAAGAUGCAUAAUGAAAAUGUGGUGCAUGUACACAGUGUAAUUCUAUCCAUCUGUAACAAAAGUAAAGUCAUGAAAUGUAUAGGGAAAUAGAUGACACUAGGAAACAUUACACUGAGUGAAGUAAGUCCUACACAGAAAGACAGAUGCCUCUUAUUUGUAGGGCCUAGCUCUGAAUCUUUAGACAUGAAUAAAUAACUUGAAGUAACCACAGGAACCAGAAAAAAAAUCAAAAGCGACCAGAGGUAAGAAGGAAAUCUAGAGAGGUCUAGAAAGGUGAUAUGGUAGGACACAAGUGCUGUGAAGGAAGAUGUGAAAAAUGGGAGGCAGGAGGAAUUGAAAUACUAAGACAGACAGACGGACAGACAGACAGAGACAGAGAAAAUGAAUAAUAAACAAAAUUAAGGAUGAUUGAAAAAGUUAUAAGAAAAACUACUGUUUACUUAACAGUGUAUGUGUGUGUAUGUGUAUGUAUAUUUAAAUAAAAUUAUGCCCCUUGGGGAUGAGAAUGUUCUCCACAAGAACUAUAACCUGUCU